GGGGUCUAAAAAUAGCAAAAGGAAGUCAAAUCAAAGUAUGAAUCUUUGGCCCAUUGUAUUGUAUUCUUCUUCUACCUCCCACAGAACAAUGAAUCGAAAAGAGGAACAAGACAUUUGUGUCUUCCUCCUUGUUUCACACUGCAUCUCAUAGACGCUACUAGAACCAUCUGCCCUACACGCUUCCCACGUGUCAGUCUCUCCUCCCACAGAAAUCUACUUUGUUGUCUUUUUCUAUUUUCCUAUAUAAAAAACCAACAGAAUCCCUCUUUCUUAUCCUUACUAUUACCUCUCAAAGUAAAAUAAAAUAUCUGAAACGUAGAGAAGAAGGAAAAGAUGACGACGGCGAAGAAAGCGAUGGAAGUGGUGAAAGAUCUCGAUUUAGCAAGAUACAUGGGCCGUUGGUACGAGAUUGCUUCUUUCCCUUCCAUUUUUCAGCCCAAGAACGGUGUUGACACUCGAGCCACCUACACCCUCAACCCUGACGGCACGGUGCACGUCUUGAACGAGACGUGGAACGGUGGCAAGAGAGCUUUCAUCCAAGGCUCAGCUUACAAGACUGAUCCUAAGAGCGAUGAGGCCAAGUUCAAAGUUAAGUUCUAUGUUCCUCCUUUCCUCCCUAUCAUUCCAGUUACUGGAGAUUACUGGGUGUUGUAUAUUGAUCCUGAGUACCAGCAUGCCGUCAUCGGCCAGCCUUCAAGGAGUUACCUCUGGAUACUGAGCAGGACGGCGCAUGUGGAGGAAGAGACUUACAAGGCGCUGGUGGAGAAGGCGGUGGAGGAAGGGUACGAUGUCAGCAAGCUUCACAAGACUCCUCAGAGUGACACACCACCUGAGUCCAACGCUGCUCCUGACGACACCAAGGGUGUUUGGUGGUUCAAAUCCAUGUUCGGUAAAUAGUUACAGAAACACAGGAACUUCGUUUCACCUCCUCUUACUUCCAUUGGUUGUGUAAUAAUAUUACUACCCCUUGUGUUUACUCUAGCAAUCACCGUUCUGCUUUUGUGUAUAUUGAACAUCUAAACUAUAUCUAUUUGGGUUAGUAAAAGCGC